ACCAAAAUAUUUCUCGGGCACAUUGACGCGCUGACCGCCAGCUGACUACCCGGCCGGGUCACCAAUCGGCCCGGCCGGUCAAUACGCUCUGCGCAUGCGCGCUGCGCCGACGAUGCCCCGAGGCGAUCUUAACAACCACGCCAGACGAGGCGUGCAGGUGGCAGGAUGAAUAACUCAAUCAUGUACGUAAGGCUCCUUAUCGGAGCCCUUCUGGUCUCGUCCGCACUAUGCGUCCCAGUAACAGAACAAAAACAGAAGGUGACGAAAAGGGACAUCGGCAGCAUGGGCCGUGGUGGUGAAAAUAUGGCAGUGGACGACUAUCGAGGGGAAAUUCUGCCGGGAAUGGUGGACGACCAGGUGGCAGAGGCAUUCCUGAAAAACGCGGCGCGCGAGGACGCCAGACAGGAGCGGAGGAAGGAGCAGGAGGACGAGGAGGAGGAGGACGAGGGACCGAUCGAGGUGCCGCUGGCGUUGCCGAUGGCUCACGUCGUCAACGAUGACGACGCCAUGGAGUACGCAGAGGAGAAGGUAGCGCCGCACAGGAGCAAGGCGCUGGCGGAGGACAUCUACCCAUCCGAGGAUGACGGCUAUCUGCCCUACUACCCCACCGGAGAGGUGUACUUCCGACGGCGCCGCCGCUCCCGUCCCCACGCCGGCGCGGGUUUCUGCGCAAACGGAG